CUCUUACUCGCCUUCCCAACACGAAGUGACACAGAGACGAGAGUUUAAUCAGCGCAGCUAAAUGGGAAAUAUUGAAAUCCAAAUAUAAACGAGAACAGAUUUUUCAGAACUCUUUCUGGGUUGCAAGAGGGGGAGGAGCUAACAUGGAGUCGGGGGCGGAGCCAGUGUCAGGCGUCUCCUCAUUGGGCAGAGCCUCGUGUGCUGGGGACCAACCGAUACCAGCCUUACCAGACUCCAGCUCCACCAGAGACAAAGAACUUCAAACCGCGGGAGCCUCGAAAUCUCAGCUGCCCCCCAAACCAACCAAACCCAAAAUCUCCCCCAAACCGGCCCACCUCCUCGUCACCCCGAAACCGGGUGGGGGGGCUCCCCCGAACCCCCAGGUCACUGAGCCCCCCCGCCGGUCCUCCCAGAGCAAGCUGCCAUCCCACAAUGCACCGGGGCCCUCCGAGCUGCCUUCCGCCCACAGGAUGCAUUGCCUGGCUGGUCCCAGACCCUACGGGAAACCGGCGAACCCCAACAGCGUCCGGAUAGGAUUCCCCAGGCAAGCGCAGAGCCCGGGGACCCCACAACUGACCCCCCCAGUCCCCACUUCAAAACCAGCCUCUCAGAAGAAUCUCAGUAAUAAUAAUAAUAAUAAUAAUAAGAAUAAUAAUAAUAAGAAUGUUAUUCCUCCAUUCAGUUCCACUCCAAGCAACUCUGGACGUUCCCCAGACGGGAAUUCGCCGGGAAAGGAUGAUCCCAUUUUUCCAGAUCCGGAAAUCGAUCCCUCCGGGAGAAGUCUCCCGAGCCCGGCGCAUCUCGAUUCCCAGAGGAAGUUGGAAAUUGCAAGAGGGGAGGCAGAGCCGACCGCGGAGGGUUUGAAAAUCUCCGGCUCGCAAGAAAUCCAAACCCGACCCGGCUCUGCAAAACCGGCGCCAGCGGGAGGAAGAAACGAGGCUGGGGAACCGGAACGGGGGUCGAAACCCGGGAGUUGGCGAGAAACAAAAACCCUACAAAGUCCUGCCAGCGCGGUUCUCGGUUCCGCUCCAGAACCCGGCCCUGACUGCCAGUCGGAGCGCACCGGUCCCGCCAAGAAACUCUUCCACGUCAAGCAGGUCCGGGUGGGGAACGAUCCGAAGAGGUUUCCCGGGACGACCGUCGACCAGGUGCUGGCCGAAAUCCAGGAAUCGAAAAUGAGAAAGCGCAGAGAGAAAGGAGCGGGGGUCCGGGGUCCGGAAUGCGAUGCCGCAUUUCAGCGGAGAGUUUGGGAAGCAGCGGGGCUCCCCGGGUUUUUUAAGGGAGCUCCCCAAUACUCCUUUAUGAAAAGGGGGAGCCAGGGAGGAGGUUUGGGGUCUUCGACUGGAGCAGGGGAGAAUCCCAUACUGGGACAGACCGGGGUGGGGAAGGAGGCUCCGAGAUUGGAGUGCGGAACGGCUUUGAUGAAAGAUGACGGUUCAAGUGGAAAGAUCUCUGGGUCAAAUAUCAUUGUUGGCGAUUCGGGAUCAGUUGAUGUUGACGAUUCGAUUUCUGGUGAGAAUUUAGUUCUGGAAUCAUGGCGUGGCGAUUUUAAACGAAUUUCCGUUCCCGCUGAUUCAAGUCCAGGAGAUUCGAGAUCAGUUCCAGAUUUCCUCGAUGAUUCAGUUCCGGGUUCUGCUGAAAAUAAAAGUCAGAAAUCCGAUUCAAAUCAAAAUCUAAGUCCUGGGGGUUUCAAUUCAGAAUCAAAUCUGUGCGAUUCAAAACCAAAUCGAGUUACUGAUUGUUCACCUCCUGCUGAAAAUUUGGGUCUGAGAACAAAUCUCAAUGAUUUCGUUCAAAAUCAAAGUCCUUCUGAUUCCACUGCAAGUCCUGUGACUGGUGAUUUCGUUUCAGAUUCAAGUCUCAAUGAUUUCAGACCAAAUCAAAUUGUAGAUUGUUCAAUUUCAAGUUCUGCUGAACAGUCAAGCCUCGAGCAAGAUAUUGACGAUUCGAAACCAAAUCAAAUCAGUGAUUAUUCAGAUGAAAAAUCAAGUCCAGUUUCAGAUCUCAUUGAUUCAAUUCAAAAUUCUGCAGAUUUCAUCUCCAGUCCAAUUCCUGGUGACUUCAUUCCAGAGUCAAGUCUGAAAUCAGUAGCUGUUGGAGCUCCCAGUCCAAUUGUGAUCACUGGUGUUGAUGAGAAUUCAGAAUCAAAAUGUGACAAUCUCGUUUGGAGUUCUGAUUUCAGUCCGCUUGCAAGUCUUGGUGAUUCCACCAGCCAUCCCAGAUUAUCUGAGGAUCCAGAUCAAAUUCAGGAACAAGAUCUGCAGGUGUCAGGGGGCUCUGUCCUGGAUGCCCCUCCCUGGACGGUAAAAGGACUCCUGGAAAACUCAGAUCCCGACGUGGAUCACACCGGCUCGCCGGGCAGCAGCGUCUCCGCGGAGAGAUUCCCCAGCAAUGGGAACUCCCCGGAGACGCUCAGUCCAGAACCGGUACACCGGACCACGGGUCCGCCAGACACCGAGGGGUCACUGCAGAAUCCAGCCACUCCAGAACUUUCAGACGACCUUUUAAGUGCCUGGAGUAAUCAGUCUCUGGUUCCGGAAGGUUCCCAAGGCAGGAGAAGCUCCUUGACUGAGUCAGAGGGUCGGAAUCCAUUCGUGGAGGAGUUCCGGGACUCUGAGGAGCGGGACGCUGCGAUCUCGGAGGAGUUGGGGCCCGACUCGGGGGCUGGAGAUCUUGAAGGGAUCACCGGCACGGAAGACACCGGAGAUCAGGGGAUGCCGACGUGCUUUCCGGAGACCGAUUCCAGACAGACUCUUGUAAGGAGUCAGGAUUCGGAGGAGGUUUCUGAAGCCCGGAAGCUAAGAGAAGGACAGGGGGUGGCUGCAGAUGUUCUAGAAGCUGGUGGUUCUGGAGUGCUGCAGGUGACAAGUCCAGAUUUGUUGAAGAUGCCAGCUGGCGUUUCUGUAGGACACGACUUAGAGGAGAGGCAGAGAAGUGCUGGUGUUCUGGAAGAGACUGGUUCUAAGAUGUUGCCUAGUCCCAUUACAAUGUUCCCGACUGCAGGACAGAAGGUGUUUGGGGGGCAGUUUGAGGUGGAGACUAAACCGUCACAGGAAUCCCAUGCAAACCCAGAACCGUCUCAAGUUGAGUCUAGAACCAAAUGUUCCGAGCUGACGGAAGUCUUGCAGUUGGAGGGGUGGCUGCGAGGGCUGGACACCCCAGAGGUAACCUUGAAACCCAUAACUGGAUCUAGAACCGAAUCCCCAGAACCAGAAUCUGUAGGGGAACCUAGAACCAUGUUUCUUUCAGGGACAGAAGAUGAACUCGUAGAUCUUUCAUGGGGCACUCUGGAGAUUGACGCGGCAUCUAGAAUCGGAUAUUCCAACACAAAACCAAAAUCUGAUCCCUGGAUCCUGGAUCUUCUGCAUCUUUCUGAUGGGGUUCUAGAACCCGAGACAGAAUCUAGCACUGCUCCUAUUGCUUCCCCUGCUGGAAAUAGUCUAGAUCACAAUCUAGAAAUUCAGAAAGAAGCUAGUACUGCCCCAGCUGUUCAGAACCUAGAUCUUUUGAUUCAAUGGGAUCUAGAACCUGAGAGAGACUCUGGAACGAUGUCUUCUCAUGGGAUGAUGGAACUUCUAGAUAUUUCAGACCCUGCCCCAGAACCUGAAGCCGAAUUGAUAAUGGAAGGCGUUGAUCUUCUAGAAGGAACAAAGUGUUCUAAACCAGAAUCUAAAGCCCUAGAUAUCUUCUCAGACAGCGGCCUAGGAACUGAGAGCGAGUCUAGAACCGAAUCAUCUAUUUCCACCAAAGAACCAGGACAGACCAAUCUCCUGAUACCAGAAUCAGAUUUCGGAGGAGAAUGCAGUAACCUAGACCUUUUAGAUGGAACUCUAGAUCCAGAACCUAAAUUUAGAACCCCAUCAUCGAUCCUUUUGGAUUCUCUAAACAGCAGUUUGGAUUCCUGGCUGGAAUUUAGAACAAUUGGAGGAAACCUAGAACAUCCAGAUGGCAACCUGGAACCUAGCACACUGCUGGAGAACCAAGACGACAGAGAGAAAGACCCAAAACGGGAAGAGCGACCUAGAAUGCAAUCCUCUUCCCGUACAGAAGAGAGAAGUCUAGAUCAACUCCUUCUAGACAGGGAUCUAGAACUCAACAGAACCGACACAGGUGGUCUCGUAAGACCAGAACCAGGUCCGAGUAUGGAAUGUAAAAGCUCUCUGGUGAGAAAUCCAGACUGUUCUAGGGUUCUAGACUCCGGAACCUUAAAUUUGAGACCUUCCCCAGAUAUUUCCGCUGCAGAUAUUGCAUCGUCUUCAGUGGGGGAGGAAGAGGAGGGGGAGGCAGAAUGUGCCGAACUGGAAGUGGUCAUCCCAGACACCCUCCUUUUAGAGAACAGCCACCCUGAUGCCGAAUUCAAACGCGGGGCGCAGAGCGAACCCAAAAUGAUUCCAACCCCACCCAGCGCCCCUUUACUAGGGGCUGGGGGGCCCGUCUGCGAGACAGGACCUCCGUUUUCGGAAAGGGGAAAAAGUCCAGUGUGUAAAUCUGAGACUGGAUCACUGUCCGACGAUGGAACCGAAACCGAAUUUGGGAGCGGCGGCUGCCUUGUACCCCAACAGUUCCUAACAGAGGAGAUACGUCCCGCGUCGGAAUUGAAAGGGGGACUUGAUGCUAAAUCCCAAAAUGAGUCUCCUGACACCCCUGUCGAAUUUGGGACAGGUUCCACCUCUCCCUCUCAUUCCGUUCUUAUGGAAGGGGAUCAUCCCAAGCGGGAAUCUCUGCAGCCGCAGGGAAUUGGGGGCUCAGAAGGGGGACCCCGAAAAACGACUCCAGAUCUGCUUGAAGCGUGCGAGGUUACAGUUCCACGUGGAAGUGACGCAGAGGAUCAUGGAAACCAUCCAAUCAGAAAUCAGCUGAUAUCUGAUAAUCUUACAAGAGAGGAGGAGGAGCCUGGCAACUGUCAACCAAUCAGCAGUCAUCUCAAUGAAGCCACACCCACAGUGGAAAAUACUGCAGAAUCGCAGUUGAGCUCCUGCAGUGAGUCUGUGAGUUUCAGCCCCAGAUUCAGUCCCAUUAAUUUAAUGGAUGACAUUUUCAGCACAGACACCGAUUGGUCCAGAUUCAUGGAUGAGAGAAUGAACUCCACGCCCCUUCAGCGCCCCAGCCAACCGGAGCCAGAGGGCGGGGCUAACGUGGGCCUGUGGAGCUCCCACCACGUCUGUCAACCAGAAGAGACCAGCGGGAGUCAAGAGGACCAAUCAGAUCACGAGGAUGAGAAAAGCAGCCACUUGGAGCUCAGCGAUAAACUAGACAGCCCUUCGGAGCUUCGGGGACGUUCCAGCCCCCAAUCGGAGCGCAAGGAAGGCAGAACUCUCAGCCAAUCCGAUUUGGAGGAAGACGAAGGGGGCGUGGCUAAUCCUAUUCCGUUCGAGGGCGGGUCUGAGGGUUCUGAAGGCAGCCAGUCGGAUUUAGAGGCUGGCGACGAUGCAGACCAAUCGCAGACAGAUGGAGAGGAAGGUAUCGACCAAUCGAUGGAGGAGCUGGGAGUGGAGGACCAACCAGAUGGCUCUAAUUAUGAGCUCCCGCCCCUUGACUUGUCUUUUAUGGCGGGGUCGGAGAUUUUGGACAGCUCUGUCUGUCGGAAUCGCGCCAGACUGAAUCGGAAAAGAGGUCACCGCGCUCCGGCUUUUCUGCCUCGACAUUCCCGGGAUACGAACACGUCGGGAGACGCCGGGAAUUCCUGGAUGUUCAGAGAUUCCACCGACCCUGUGCAUGUCGUUCUCUCCUCUGAUGAAGACGAUGACUCGGAGUUGAAGUGCGCUCGCUUGGACCCCAGUUCUCCCAGUGCUCCCAGUGCUUCCAGUGCAGGCAGAGUGCAGGUGCUGCCUGUGUGCGACCCCACAGAGCUCCGGGCUCAGCUCCGCUCUCGAGUCAGUUCUGCCGACGCCACAGAUGGGGAGGAGCCUGCGGAAUCCUGUGGUCGCCAGGGAGACCGGGAGGGGGAGGAGUCUGUGAUUUCGAAGGCCGACUUAAGCAAGAGAUCGAAAUUCAUGAAACUACCGACAUUCAAAAACUCCUUAUUAAAGAGAGUUCUGCCUGGGAGAGGAGAGAAAACAGAGAGAGGAGAGAGAGGGUCUGAGAGCUCCGGGACCAACUGGCUGCAAGCCUUGAAAUUCAAGAAAAAGAAACCCGAAAUGAGAGAGAGAGAGAAAGAGAGCGAGACCCCUUGUGAUCCUCCCUCUGAUCCGAGUGGAAGAGACCCCCUGUGAUCCAGACACCCUGUCACUGCUCCGACAAUACUAGAGAGGGGAGGCAGGCGGGACGCUACACAGGGCUGGGAAUGAGACUCCCGCUACACAGCGGUGUGAUCCAGUCCUGCUUUCACUAGGAGUUUAAUAAUAAGACACACCUG